AUGGCGCUAGCCGUUCGAGUCGUGUAUUGGGACUCCCUUCCCGCUCCUGGUCCUUUGUGCCAGGAACGCCCUUCCCUGCUCACCAUCCUCUGUGCCAGUGCCCCUCCUCCACCCCCGCUGUGUUCCUCAGUCUUUCUAGCCGGGACUGGCUAUAAGCCCAAGUAUCUCCAGCUCAAGGAGAAGCUAGAAAAUGAGUUCCCGGGAUGCCUGGACAUCUGUGGCGAGGGGACUCCCCAGGUCACCGGGUUCUUUGAAGUGACUGUAGGCGGGAAGUUGGUUCACUCCAAGAAGAGAGGUGAUGGCUACGUGGAUACAGAAAGCAAGUUCCGGAAACUGGUGACCGCCAUCAAAGCUGCCCUGGCUCAGUGCCAGUGAGUCCUGGAGGCAGAGUCCUGAGACCUCCUGGCCAUCUCUCUUGGCAGCCGCUUCAUGACCGGAAGGACUGAAAUGUCUCAAAGACCUUGGUCUUUCCUUGAUGUUCCUGCGGCCACCAAGUCUGGCCAGAGAUUGCCUCUGUGUGUGUGUGUGUGUGCCUCCCCAGAAUCU